AUGGGGAAUAAACAGACCAUCUUUACCGCUGAGCAGCUAGACGCCUAUCAGGACUGUACAUAUUUCACCAGAAAAGAAAUCCUCAGACUGUUCGACCGGUAUCGGGAUUUGGCACCGCAGCUUGUUCCCCUUGACUACACCAGCCAGCCAGAUGUGAAGUUACCAUAUGAGCUGAUUGGCAGCAUGCCAGAGCUGAAGGACAACCCGUUUCGCCAGAGGAUCGCUGAGGUUUUCUCUGAGGACGGAGAAGGAAACAUGACGCUGGACGACUUCUUGGACAUGUUUUCAGUUCUCAGUGAGAUGGCGCCGCGCGACCUCAAGGCUUACUACGCUUUCAAAAUUUAUGAUUUCAACAACGACGACUUCAUCUGCCAGUCGGACCUGGUGAAGACACUGAACAAACUGACCCGCAACGAGCUGACGGAGGACGAGGUGCGGAUGGUGUGCGAGAAGGUCAUCGACGAGGCCGACCUGGACAACGACGGACGUCUGUCCCUGGAGGACUUCCAGCACAUGAUUGUCCGCGCUCCAGACUUCCUCAGCACCUUCCACAUAAGGAUAUAA